AUGCGGAAAUCUACAACUGGUGCAACUUCUGUUAAUGGGAAUUCAAAACCCGGGAAGUUAACUUCUGUUAAUACCCCAAGAAAUACAAAGACUUCACUUUCAACUAGUAAUAGUUCUAAUAGUUCCACGCGUAAGUCGGCAAGAACACCUUCACCAGGAAAGACUACUUCAAAAAAAACUCUUUCCCCUAAUAAUAUAUCUCCGCCAUCUGUUUCAUCGAAACCAACUCGAGCUGCAGCUUCACCUUCAAUUAAAGAUGCUAUAGCUCAAGCGAGGUUAAGAAAGGCCAAUAAUAAGUCAAAUAAGGCAAAUAAGGAGCCUGAGGAAUCCGAGGGAGGUUCUAAAGGUUUGAAUGUAAUUGUCAAACAAGCGAAAACUUCCGGUCGUAUCAAUAUUUCUCAUCGAUCACUUAAAAAUAUUCCAGAAGAAGUAUGGAGAAUGUAUGAAGUUGAUCCAAAAGCUAUCACUAUUGAUUUUAGUGGUGGUGGUGGUUCUGAUGUUUGGUAUGAAACUGUUGACCUUGUAAGAAUGGUAGCUGCUGAUAAUCAAUUGGAAUCAAUCGACAAGAGAAUUGCAGAAUUUAUUUCUCUCGCAUAUAUUGAUUUUCACAACAAUCAUUUAUCUUCGCUUCCAGACGAAUUCGGGGAAUUACAAAAAUUGGAAUUGCUUAAUUUAUCAGUCAAUCAAUUCGCAGAACUUCCAAAUUGUAUAACAAAGUUAUCUUCACUUGUUGAAUUACAACUUGCUUCCAAUAACUUAUCAGGAACAAUGGAUCCUUGUUUUGGAAAUUUUUCUAAAUUGGAAUUACUUGAUAUUUCAUCGAAUGAAAUAACCGGAUUACCAAAAGAAUUAAAAAAUUUAACGAAUUUGCGUAAGUUAAAUAUUGCAAAGAACAAAAUUAAAGAAAUUCCAGGUUUUGCUUUAAGCAAUAUGAAAAAUUUGGAAGAACUUGAAGCCAGUGAGAAUCAAUUGAAUAUAGUUUUUUCUGGACUUAAUGGUCAAACAAUUUUCUUGCCAGCAUUGAAAAGAUUGGAUGUUAGACAGAAUAAAUUGAGAGUUUUCGAUGAAUCACAAGAUUCCACAGUUUUUCAUCCUAUGGUUAAAUUACCAAAAUUGAAAGAACUUCUUAUUUCACUUAAUCGAAUUGAAUCUUUUGGUCCAUUGUUUCAUAAUACAUUGGAACUUGAAAUCCUUGAUAUUGGAGAUAAUAACUUAAAAGAAAUACCGGAAGGAUUAAUUGCUUUAAAGGGAUUGAAACGUUUAGAUUUAAGUAAUAAUGAUCUUAAGAUAUUACCGGCUGAAUUAGGAAUGUUGAAAACUUUAGAUUUCUUGGGUUGGGAAGGAAAUCCUUUAAGAAAUGCACCAAAAGGUCUAAAGUCUACAGCAGCAUUAUUGAAAACUUUAAGGGAUCGAUUAACUACCGUUGACUUUGAAAACAUGGAAGGACCAACAAUUCCCGAGAGUAGUACUUCAGUAAUGCUAUCAGCAAAUCAUGUACGUGAAGAAGAGGAAGGGAAAAUUUAUGGAGAAAUGGGAAAGAUUAGCCAACAAGGUAUCAAAUCAAGGACUUUAGAUCUUGCCAGGAAAAAUUUGACAAAUUUACCAGAAGAUGACAUGAAUGCACUUCCAUUUGAACCUUCGACAGUAUUACUUGGAUAUAAUUUAUUCCAAUCAAUUCCAAUUGGAUUUAGAAUAUUUCAAAAUUCUAUUAAAUAUUUUCAAUUUGAUCAUAAUAAAUUUAUUGAAUUUCCUAUGUUUGAAGAUAAAUCAAUAAUUUUUCCAAAUGUUGAUAGAUUGGAUUUAUCAGCAAAUCAGAUUACUUCAUUACCAGAUAGUUCACAAUCGACACCAUUUCCUAAUUUACAAGUUCUUAAUGUCAAUAAUUGUCGUAUUACGGCAUUACCGGAGAAACUUCCAUUUCCGCAUUUAAAAACAUUUCUUGUUACAUCAAACGCACUUACAGCAAUUACGCCUUCAACAUUUGAGAAUAUGGAAGUAAUUGAUAUUUCUAAUAAUAAUAUUGGUUUUUUACCACCAGGAUUGGGUAAUAUUACAACAAUUAAAACACUACUGGUUGAAGGAAAUUCAUUUCGAGUUCCAAGGUAUACAAUUGUGCAAGCAGGCACAGCAGCAAUUAUGGAACAUUUACGAGGAAGAAUUCCAAGAUCUUAA